AUGACGGAGGAGACGAAAGAGAUGGUGUCGAUUUGUUACAUCACCGGUGAGGGCGGCACCUUGGCAUCUCCGAGACUGUGUCUGCAUCUACACCGCAACGAGGCUGUAGUGUCCCGCGUAGCCCAGCAGCUGUUGGACCAUUGCUUGGAGAAGGUGCCGGAUGCUCCGGCCAGGAAAGAGGUGCCACGAGAAGAUGUGAAGCACGGCGAGCUUUUGCAAGAGCUCCACAGCCGUGGCUACUUCCUGGAUGCCGACAUCACGGCCUAUGGCAGGUUGGAAGCUGGAGACCUCGGAGCUGGCGAUGCUGGCGAUGCUGGCGAUGCUGGCGAUGGCGAUGGCACCGUGGGGCCGAUCGAAGCCAUUGGACUCAGUUCCAACCUGAAAACCAGGGACAGGGCCUUUGCCCUGGCGAUGAGCCUGGCCAUCCUCCUCAGACUCGAACCUGGAACUGCGAACAUGAUCUGCAACAACUUUGGUGUCGGGGAGCUGCUACACCAGGCGCGGCAGCAACGUGGCCUAUGGACGGUGAAGACCAAGCUGCCCACGGACGAAGAGAUCUUUCGCUUCCAAAUGGCAUUGACCACCUGGCCACGUGGCAAUCCCAGUAGAUUUCUUCGCUUCGAGCAGCUGGAAGAAGUCUAA